CUUGGUUUAGGAAAUAAAAUACUAGUUGCAAUGUUUCUGUAUGAUUUUUCGGAUUGACACCAAUUAAUACUCCUCUUCAGUUCAGCCUUGAUGUACGUAUACAUAUCAUCAUGUUCAUAUAUCUCUGUACAAAGUCAGAGCAAUCAAGCCUACAGUUAAAUGUAUUUCUGUAUUUCCGGUAGCUACAUUUGAAUCUUACUUUUUAAAUCUGAGAACAAUUGAGUAGAGCCUCGCCUAGCGAUGAUGUCUCUCGCGACAUGAUCAAGGAAGUAAAAUCAUUUGAAUGUAUCUGGGUUUUUAAAAAUCAUUCUAAAAAAAGAAAUCUUCACCGAAAGUAGAGUAGGACAGCCGACAAAGUGUUUAAAUUACUGUGAGGAAGUCUUAAGGGAUAGCAUUUCAAUGUGCGUGAUAGACACUAGAUGUUGAUGGUAUAACUUCACCUAAAGGUUUCUUCUAAGGACGCUGCCGUUUUCAUGUGAUAAUGCAAGGUUCUAUUUAUUCCAGCGAGCAGGCAUAUUUUCAUGUAAUGAACAGUAUUAAAUGCAAACAGGUCAAUGAGUCUAAAUCGAGCUACUCUGAUCAAUUUGAUGACAAACUUCAUUUCAAUACGUUGUUAGGCUCAAGUGGAUCUAGAAGAUCUGAAAUAGAAAUGUCAUCACCAGUGUCAGACUCUCACUUCUAUUCAGGGGACAGACAGCCUAACAGAUUGGACCAUCAUGAGACAGAGAACAGAAGCUCAGUGAAUUCUGGAAGGAAACAUUGUCGCAACAGAUUGGAUUCAUUUCAACCUUCGCUUGGAUGCCGUGAUGAAACUUUACGAGAUACAGGCAGUCUUAGUGCUCAAGACACCGAGAAUUUGAGUGCCAGAGAACGACUGGAGAAUUCUUGCCAGACUCAAGAUUUUAUCAAUGAGUUUGUUGAAGAUUGUUGCAGCUUGCGUUCUCUCAGCAAAGGAAACGUCUCGAGGGAAACACAAAAGGACAGAGCCGCCAACGAAAAUGCCAAAGUGAGAUGGAAAUCUCCGGUAAUCGAUGUUGUUGAGAAACCUGAAAGUCGCCAUACUAAACUCACUCCAAGCAGCGACUAUCAUUAUGACUUUAGGAAAGGAUUAAAUUCAAACUGUCCAGAGGGUAUGGCGUCACAAGGCUUUGACACAGGAAGCACGUUAGGUAAAGAAUAUUCGUCUGACUUGCCCUCUUCUACAUCGGCUCAAGAAGCAUUGUCGGAAAUUUUCGAUUCUUUUCAAUCGAUCCCGCCUUCAUUAGUGUCGUCUGAUCCAGAGUCAAUGAAAGUGGAAAAUUCCUCAAAUUCGCAAAAACAUUUCCAGCUGUUAAGCGAUACUGAUCGUUUAAAUGGUACCAAACUGGUUCAUGGCGUUCAACUCUCCAACACGAACAGGAAAAUAAAGGACAAGCCGCCAUCAAAUGUUCAAAAUAAAGACUUGAAAGAAAAUUCCGAAGAAAUGCCGGUGAGGACGCCAAGAUAUAUUUUAUCUUGUAGAAGGUACAUGCUGCAAGCUUCACAAGGUGGAUCUGGAAAGUUGGUGAGCGAGAAGGGUGUGGAGAGUAUUCAGAAUAAAACGGUGUCCUGUAUUCAGCCCAGUGACGUAUUACAAAGUAGUGAUGACAGUCCUAAUGGUAUCAAGCAACAACGUCUCGAGUCUUCCAGAACAGCCAUCACAUUUUUUCCUAAGCCAGCAGACGAUCUCUUUUCUAUAUUCGAUGGACCAGGUCAAUUCAAACAGAACUAUGCAGCCUACUUGAGCUGUGCACCUGACGACUUGCCUCAGUUUGGUAUGGCCUUCCAUUCCAUGUUGCAAGGAUGGGGCUUCAAAAUAUUUUUACCUCCCAGGGACUUUGUGCUCAAAAGUUGUGAUAUUGAUGACCUGUCCACAGCCCUGGAAGAGAGAUGUAAUGGUAAAAUUAUUGUAGUCCUAUCUGUCAACUACGAAGCUUCAGAGGAAUGUGCCUUUGUGACCUCCUUGGCCAGGGAAUUGGACUUUGAAUCACGGAAGAGAAACAUCAUUCUAGUACGUAUAGACAAGGAAGUACAGGUACACACUGAUCUCCAGGGACUGACUGUGAUUCAUUACGCGCAAGACUACAAGCAUCAGUGCCUAAAACGAAAUCUAAUAGAUGCGAUAGCCGCCUAGCAAAGAAAAUUUGAGCAUUCCUUGGCGCUGGUGCUGGAGAGAGGUGCUAACAAGGCAGACGGUAGAGAGUUCCAGGGAGCAUUGGCUGUUGACAUCUUUUGUUGGUUUCUUUACAGAAUGAUUGAGAACCAUUGUAUCGUCUAAUUUGUUGUCCCCCCUCAUCAGUCUUCCUAGUUCCUGAGUAUAGCCUCCAGCCACACCACUCAAUGGUUGGACGUUCAACAUGCUCUUAUUGUGUAUGCAUUAUUCUGAUACAUUUUCAUAAAAGGUGACAAGGAAUCAGUGACGUUAGGAGAUGCAGGGACACAAAUGGUGGUGAUGCUUGUCAGUGACCCCCCCCCCCCCCUCCACAUCUUGUUUUUGAAACCUUAAUCUGCAUAUUUUUGCGCAGAUGUAUAUUUUAAUACAAGAUUGCAUUGGCAGUUUGCAUUUGUCCACAACCUCCAUAAAAGAUUUCUUACCUUUUUUUCUUAUUCGUAUUUCGUAUAAUUCAGACCGAGCUAUAACUGAGACCAAACUAUAACUGACCCAAAAGCAGGGGCGGACUAGGUGUCAAAAUCGGCCCGGGCAUUUUUAUAAAAUUCGACCGAAAAAUUCUAAAUCAUAUGUUGGGCAUCCAAUUCUAGGUCUAACUGUCCUCAAAAUCACCAUAAGUUUGAUAAUGUAGCGAUAGCUUUACGCAAGCCUAAAGUGAACUCUAUUUAUAAGAAAUAUAAGCCUUGUGUAGCAUUUCAAUCGCUACGUAUGAAGGCCCUUUGAUUAAAAUAGUAUUACAUGGCAGAGUCUGUGGAAGAUGAUUUUUUUUUUAACACACGAAGCUUAGAGGGACUUCUUUAUGGAGAAUAUUUUAAAACCUAUAACAAUUUGAUAAGUGCCAUAGUGGCAUCCAUGCCCUACCGGCCCAUUUUUAUACCGACCCACCGGGCAUUUGCCCCAAUUGCCCAUAUAGCAAGUCCGCCCCUGCCUAAAAGGAAACCACCUCGAGUCUUCCCUUCAUUAUAUUGUAAAUAAUUUUCUCAUUCCUUACUCUGAGGUUCACUCUUUGUAAAAUGUAAUCGAACUACUGCAGACGAUGGCUUACAGCCUUACGCAGUUCAAAUCAUUACGACCACAGAGAAAGAAAAAAGUCUUAUUUCAAGUUCUCCCAAACUCCCAAUCCAGAGAUCAAUGGUAGUUGAAUCAUCUCAUCGAUUUCUAUUAUGAUCUACUGUUGUAGGAUUUCGUAUUCUUUUUUUUUUAAUUCAGUUUUUGUUGUUGUUAUGAAUCUCAAAUGUUUUGUCAAUUUUUUAUUUAUUAUUGGGAAAAAAAAAAGAAACUAACUUUUUUUUCUCUUAUUACUAAUUUCUUGCUAGGCUACUUCUGCCCAGACUUACACGUGAACCUGUUCUCAAGGGAAUAUAUCGUUGGCGCUAGACUACUGCUUAGCAAUAACAUAGGUAUCUAACUCCCCCCCCCCAAUCCCUUUAUUUAAAAAUGCCCCCCCACUUUGAUGGUAAGUUAUGUCAUUCAGUUCAAUUCAUCUUAAAUUCAAACGCCGCAACGUGUAACAAAUUUAAAAAAUGAGAACUCCACUAUUGAGCCUGUGGUUUGUACUUUAUUAAGAAUCCCUGGUCUUUGUGAAGUUCCUUAAAAAAUUAAUAAACUUUAAGACCUCUUUAUAUAUAAAUAUUUUAAAGUGCAAGGAACUUUUGAUCAAAGACAAUAAAUAUUAUCAAUAUGAUCAACUUUUCCUACUUGUUUCCAUGGACAUUUCCUCCAAAAAAAAAAACAACAAACAUGACGGCAAUUUAUACCAUUAACCCAUAAACGUAUACGCUUUCUUUUCUUGAUAUUAUUAACUUUACUAUUGUAAGUUACUAUUAUUAUCAAACAUAAAAACUAUAAAAUUAACACUAAUAAAUAAAUUAUUACAUUUGACAAUUAA